AUGUUUGACGGUUUCAAAUCAUUCAAGCUGACAACGCAGAGCGCCCCGCAGGUCGACAUCUACGGCCUAAGGAGCGGGGACUCUUCCUCGGAGAAGCCGGCUUUGCUCUUGUUGCAUGGAUUUCCGCAAACACAUCACAUUUGGCAUCGAGUUGCACCAAAGUUGUCUGAAAAGUUUACACUGGUGGUGCCCGAUAUCCGUGGCUAUGGCGAAUCCUCAAAGCCGGAAGGUGUAGAGCAGUAUGCCAAGAGCCUGAUGGCGCGGGAUUGUAUCUCUGUCAUGGACCAGCUGGGAUUCAAGUCCAAAUUCUAUGUCGUUGCACACGACCGCGGCGCCCGUGUCGCCCACAAGUUGCUGGUUGAUUUCCCCGACCGAGUGCACAAGGCCAUCUUGCUAGACAUUUGCCCUACCUUGGCCAUGUACGAGGCAACAAACUUUGACUUUGCCAAGGCUUACUUCCACUGGUUCUUUCUGAUUCAAAAGGCCCCUCUACCCGAGACCAUGAUCCUCUCGGACCCCCAGCAGAUUGCAGAGAUGUUCAUGGGCGGACGCCAGGCGGGCGGGCUGGAGAUCUUUGAAAAGGAGCCAUUCGACGCCUACGUCAAGGGCCUUGCGGACCCCGCAGGCGUGCACGCCAUGUGCAACGACUAUCGAGCCGCUGCGACAUUGGACCUGGAAGAAUCGCGCAAGGAUCUCGACGAGGGCAAACUAAUCCAGGUCCCGCUGAGGGUGCUUUGGGGCAAGUCUGGUGUCAUUGAAAAGUGCUUCAAGGCUGUUGAGGAAUGGAAGAAGGUCUCGGCGGAGAAUGUGCAUGUAGACGGCUAUGCGGUAGAGUCUGGGCAUUAUAUCCCGGAGCAUGUGCCGACCGAUCUGCUGCAGAGCAUUGAAGAGUUCUUUCCGUAG